CUGCAUCAACAUAUAAUAUGCUAUAUGACGGUAAUUAUACAGUCGCAGAACAAAAAACAAUGGGCUUUUUGACAACACCAUCCACAUUGAACUGGACUACUUGGGUGAAACUUUUCGUCUUCAUUGUACUCUCAGUAGAUACAACAACACAAUAAAUCACAUAACCUAACGUUAUAUAUGAAAAUAUUGCCAUUGGAAUAGCGACCGGAAACGGCCAUCCUCCUCCCCUCUGGAGCAGACGGUGUCUGAGCAUGAGCAUAGUUGAGAGAGUUGUUAAUCGGAUUAUAUGAUUUGAGAGGACACGACUUGAUCAUCUGAGAUGGAAAGGGACGAGGCUAUCUCUUCUCUUCUCUACUAGCUUCUUUUCUUUGAAGAAAAAAUGCCUCUCUUUAUAAACCGGGACCAAAUAUUUGCGCACCAGGUACACCUGCUGGAGCACAAACUGAGGAGUAAAGAGGAGCGAAUACUGGAGCUGGAGACAGAGAAUGCUAUUCUUCAUUUAAGACUUGCUGAGUGUCUGGGGAAACUCCGUCGAGACCAUGAGGAGGAGACCAAAGCCCUGAAGCAUCAUCUGCACCAGAGGAACGCACAGAAGAUAACCCGGUCAGCCCUCGUCAAACUCCUCUCUGAGGUCCAGGCUGUAAAGCAGGACUUGAGUGAACUGUUUGCAGUGUAUUUGAGUUUUUCCACUGAGCUGGAAGAGCAGAGCAAGCAGCUGCUGGAAAAAUUACAGCAAGCCAGCGGUUCUCUAAAGAGUCACUGUGGAGACAAGGUUCAGGACUUGCAAGCUGGUGUGGCAGCUCUGGAGCGCUCUCUGGAGGAGGAGAGGGAGAGGUGCAGGGCAGAGAGGCAGAGGAGGAAAGAACUCCAUAACACACUGGUGGAGUUGAGAGGGAACAUCAGGGUUCACUGCAGGGUGCGACCAGUUUUACUCUUUGACCACGUCCAGUCCCCCACCUCUGGAUCAAGACCUGCGUCAUCAGAAGAAGUGGUCUCUACAAUCAGCGACGACACGGUGAUGGUGAACUGCAUAAAAACGGGGAUGCCAGUGCAAAACAAGAUGUUUGAGUUUGAAAGAGUUCACGGACCAGAGGACUCACAGGAUGCUGUGUUUGAGGAAGUGAAGCCGCUCCUCACAUCUCUGCUGGACGGCUAUAAUGUGUGUAUCAUGGCGUACGGCCAGACAGGCAGUGGGAAGACUCACACCAUGAUGGGAUCCCAGCUGCUGGACGAGCAUUCAGGGACGCAGCAAGAGACACAGCAGGGGAUUAUCCCCAAGGCUGCUGCUGAGCUCUUUCGGCUGAUCUCCGAGAUGCCUGCAGAGAGCCACACUGUGGAGGUUUCAGUGAUGGAGGUUUACAACAACGAGGUGCUUGACCUUCUGGCCAGAGAUGCGCAGGGCAACACCGCCGACCAGCGCCGGGACGUCAUCACCACCUCCGCUGGUACCAGCCAGGUCACCGCCCUCACAUACGAGCCCGUGCGUAACGCCUCCGAGGUGAUGCAGAUCAUCAGCAGCGUUUUAAAGCUCAGGGCUCACUGUCCCACCCUCGUCCACCCCGACUCCUCACGCUCUCACCUCAUCGUCACCCUCACCAUUUCCUCCAAGAGCCCCAACGCACUGGCCCUGGCCCGCAGGCUACAGAGUGCCAAGAAGGACAUGCAGCACUCCCCUCAGAAGGAGUGGUGGAGUCCACGCUGCCGCCGUGCCAACCCCACCGCCCGCAAAUCAUCUGAUGACCAUCUCUUCGCAAGCACAGCCUCCUCUCCCUGCCGCUCCCCUUCCCAUUCCCCAUGUCCCUCCCCGAGGCCCAGCAUCUCUCAGGCUCUGUUCAGGACCAAGCUGCAGCUGGUGGACUUGGCAGGGAGCGAGUCUGUCGGUAUGUCUGGAGUUUCGGGUGCAGCUCUGUGGGAGGUGUCCUGUAUAAACCGCAGUCUCUCUGCGCUGUCUGAUGUCCUGGGAGCUCUGGCCGAGCAGAGACCACACGUCCCCUACAGGAACAGCAAACUCACUCAUCUGCUACAUGAUGCCAUAGGUGGCGAUGCCAAGCUGCUGGUGAUGCUGUGCGUCUCUCCCACGCAGCGCUUCAUCACCGAGUCUCUGCAGUCUCUGGGCUUUGGCACGCGGGCCCGUCAGGUCCAGAAGGAGCUGCCGCGAAGGAAGAAUAACACCCUGAAAGUUAAGUGACGAGUCAGAGAAAGAGAUUUCAUCCUCUGCGGGUGCUGUGGCAACUUAAGUCCUGAAGCAGUCAUGCCAACAGAACAGGUUUGAGGGUAUAAGAUCCAUACCUGCAAAUGUGUCAUUUGUGUGUGAUUUACAGUGUGUGGGCCCUUCUUACUUUUUAGUAGUCAACUAGGAAAUCGAGUGGUUUUGCCAGAAUUGUUUUAUAUAUUUUUUGUUUUUAACUAGAUAUACUAAUAGACUAAAUGUAUUUUAAAGGGCUGUCUGAAGCCACAACUGCUUGUAUGCUGCAAAACACAUUAUUAAUGUGUAAAUAACCCUGGCAAUUACCAAGGGUGCUAAGUAGUUAUGAAUGACAAUGCAAUGACACAGAGGUUGAGUAAUGAUGAACUCAAUUUAGUAUAAAACUACUGUAUUCUUUUUAUUUCCACUUUCAUUAAGCUUUAGAUCAUGUCAAUAGUCAUCAGUUCUGUAAAUGCAAAGGUUUUUCUGACUGAAGUAGUCUUGCAUGUAUUCUGAUGUAAGUACAUUUCAGGUCUUGCUGCUCCUGCCUUCUCUUUUGUUUUGUGUGUUUUAGGUGCAGUUAUGUUUAUACAGUGUUUAUACACGUGUUGAUGUAUUCUGUGGCCGUAACCAUCACCUUUUUUUUGUUUGGUUAUUCAUUACA